AUGAAGGUCAAGUUUGUUGUUUAUACUGGGGGGAAGUGGGAUUUGAUUAACGGAAACAUUGAGUAUGUUACCGGUGUCGAUUCAAGGAGACGUGGUUUAGAAAUUGAAACAGAUCAUUCAUAUAAUAGUUUUUUAAACUAUGUUUCUAAGAUGUGUGAUACUCCAAACAUUACACGGUUGUCAUACCGGAUGUCUACGUUUACUGAUCCCAUCGAUAUUAUUGAUGAUCGAGAUGUUAGAUUUUUUUUUGAUCUGGCGAUGCAGAAUCCUUUUGAAUUAUAUAAAUUAUAUGUUAUUCAAGAGUCUGAUGUUGGUUCAUCUGGUUCUUCAUCUAUAGUGUUCGAUGCCGGUCAUAUAUUCAAUAACAAAGAAGAGAUGAAGCUCGAGUUGGGAAAGAAAUCUUUGUUAGAGCAUUUCGAGUUUAAAGUUGAUAGAUCAUCUAAGACGCGGUAUGAAGUUUCAUGCCUAGGUGAUGGUUGUGAAUGGCGAUUUAAGGCUCAUGCUAUUCCUUGUGGCAAUUUAUGGUUUGUUAAAUAUAUGAACGAUAGUCACACCUGUUCGAAGACGCAAACACACCCACAUUUUCGUCAGGCUAACCCAAAGGUUUUGGGUCACUUUUUGAAGGAACAACUAAAAGACAGUGGUAGGAUAUAUCGAGCGAAAGAGAUUGUCAAAGAUUUUAGACAAAGGUUCGAGGUUGAGAUAACAAACCUUCAAGCUUGGCGUGGUAAAAGCUAUGCACUUGAACUACUACAAGGAACUACACGAGACUCUUUUGCGGAACUACCAAUAUAUUGUUACAAUUUAAAACUUGCAAAUCCUGGAAGCGUUACACACAUCUUGGUUGAUGAGCAGAGUCGUUUUGAAAUGGUUUUUGUUGCUUUAGGGGCGGCGAUUCGUAGCUUUAUGUUAAAUCUAAGACCUGUUGUUAUCAUUGACGCGGCACACCUAAAGGGUGAAUUUAAAGGGUGA